ACUUAACACUUUGGCAUCCGGGAUACAUAGCAUUGAUCUCGGCACCACACUGAAAUGAUGUCAGUAUUCCCAUUGGACGAGAGAGCACGUACGUGGCGACUGUGCAUUUGGGAUAUAAGCCGAGCUGAGUGCCCCCUCCAAGAUCAACCCUCCUCUGUGUUUUGCCCGAUUACUGAUUACUGGCAUGAAGCUCACCUCUGCAUUACUUCUUCUCCCCUGUUUCCUGCUCAGCGCCGCGGUAGCUUUGCCAACGCGCCAAUUAGAGAGGCGGUCUGCAGCUAUAAAUGAUGCUGAACCUGUUGAUGAUUUCCGUUGUUCCAGCUUUGACAAAACGAGCCGUGCAAAAGUUGGUGCACGCGCGCCCCAUCACCCUAUCUACAUCGGGGGUGUCGCCACUGAAGAGGAUAACAUCGCAUAUUGGCUCUACAUAACAGGAUCGGCAGGAGGGACAAUCGGCGAGGUCAUCUCAUGGCUAGAUACUCCCGAGGUGCUCUCCGAUGUCUCGCAGUCGAUCAUCGGGAAUUGA